AUGGCUCCGUCGCAAACCCCUAGCCCAUCGCGCGCCGCCCACACCCCGAGUUCACGCACAUCCCUCGACAUCACCCCCGACUUCACCGAUCCAUCGUUCGAUCCCGCCGACUUCCUCAACGAUGUCCUCCCCCCGCUGACGCUGGCGUCAUCGCAGUCCCUCGCGCCCCGGGCGGGCAGCCGACUCGCCUACGAGGUGGAGGUGCUGCGCGGCGAGACCAUCGGGCUCUCCGACACCCUGACCGAGGCGCUCCGCGACGACAUCGCCAAGUUCGUCCCAGACGCCCCGUCCGCCCCGUCCGCUCCAGAUGACGGCCCAUCUGCGGGCGACGAGACCGACAAACACAACGAACCCGGCACCGAUGCGGCGGCGGCGCAAGACCCAGACUACAUUACGAAACUACGGACGCUGAACCAGGUGCGGUCGCGCCUGGAAGAGGUGGUGCAGACGUUCGGCGACGCGAUGGAAUGGCCGCUGCCGCCGUCGGAGACGUCGCUGACGUCUUCGUUUAUCUCCGUGUCGGCGCCGGAAGCCGGGCCCGAGAGUCACAGUCGCGAGGAGAAGGGCCAGGAGGUGGCCAAGAAGCUGCGCAACGAGGUGACAGAGCUGCUGAACAGUCACGGCGGCGGCCAGCAGGGGCUGGAGGCCGCUGCGCAGCGGGUCGAAGCACUCCGCGUGCUGGCGACGCUGUGGAAGGGCACGGCGGAGGAGAAAGCGCGCGUUCGGUUUGUGGAUGGGUUGAGUAAGAUGGUGGAGGAGCGUCGUCGGGCGCUGGAGGACCAGGGUCGCUCUGCGCAGUCCCAGCAACAGCGACAGUGGGGUGGUGGCCAUCGACGUCAGGAGAGCGAGGGGCCUGGGGGAGGGAUCUUCAAGAAUUUGCAGCGAUUACGGGAGGAGAUCUAUCUGGAGUAG